UUCAUGGGCAAUUUUGGAAACGAAACGACAGAUGUCAUUGGAUGGCAAGUAAGGCUGAGAUUUUAAAGGUGGCAUCUCGGCAAGAAAGGCCCUUGCAGGUUCGGAAUGCCCGGCUCGCGUUGCCGUAUGUCGGAGCCAGAGAGGAGGCCGCCUUUCGGACUGUCAGGGCGCUAUUAAUACGCCUGCGUGACCACAGUGCCAAGGUCUGGAGCUGGUGGUGGCGCCUUCGUUACCUGUGAUGCUGACAAAAUGCCCGGCGAGCAGGGGAGACGCUUCGGCUGCAGCUGAGACUCGGUGUGUGUGGACGGCUGUACAACGAGCAGUGCAGGAAGGGGCACUUCUGCUGUGAGAGAACGUGAGGCUUCAGAGACCAUGUUCCAGAGCCUUUCUCAUCAGGCUGGUAAAGAGCAACAGAUCCAAAUAGAAUUACGAAAAAGCAGACCGAGACCGUAUGGGUUAGUGAUUCCAAUUAGUACCAAUGCAGAUGGAAGCUACAUGUCCAAUAUCCUCUCUGCGAGUCACCAAAGAAGAUCAACACGGGAGGUAUCCCAAAGCCCCAGACAGCUGUAUUUUAACGUCACUGCGUUUGGAAGGGAAUUCCAUCUCCGGCUGAAACCCAACAGUCGUUUAGUGGCUCCCGAGGCCGUAGUGGAGUGGUACGAAGACUCUGUGGAAACGGGAAACGAUGCUGGUAACGCGAGUCAGACUAGAACUGCUACAGAGAGACUAUGGAAGAGAGAGCCCCUGUGGACCAACUGCGCCUAUGUGGGAGACAUAACUGACAUCCCUGGAGCUUCUGUUGCUAUUAGCAAUUGUGACGGUCUGGCUGGAAUGAUAAGAACUGAUAAGGAUGAAUACUUCAUUGAGCCUUUGGAAAAAGGAAAGCAAAUGGAAGAGGAGAAGGGAAGAAUCCACAUGGUGUACAGGCGAUCAGCUGCAGCGCAGCGUCCCACCGACAUGCUCCCUGACGUCCAUACAGAAGAGUCUCUUCUCGGUGGCCUCGGAGAGCUGAGUUCCCUGUACAGCAGCGUAGAGCAGCAACUGAACGAAACCCUGAGGCGACGCAGGCACGCGGGAGACGACGACUACAACAUCGAGGUGCUGCUAGGGGUGGACGACUCUGUCGUCCGAUUCCACGGCAAAGAACAUGUGCAAAACUACCUCCUCACCCUCAUGAACAUCGUGAAUGAAAUUUACCACGACGAAUCCCUGGGUGUUCACAUAAACGUUGUGCUGGUCCGAAUGAUCAUGUUGGGCUAUGCGAAGUCCAUCAGCUUGAUUGAACGGGGGAAUCCCUCAAGAAGCUUGGAGAACGUUUGCCGCUGGGCAUAUCAGCAGCAGAAGUCGGACCCCAGUCACUCUGAGCACCACGAUCAUGCCAUCUUCUUAACCAGGCAAGAUUUUGGGCCUGCUGGUAUGCAAGGAUAUGCUCCUGUUACUGGCAUGUGCCACCCGGUCCGAAGCUGUACCCUCAACCACGAGGAUGGGUUUUCAUCAGCCUUCGUGGUCGCUCAUGAAACGGGUCACGUGCUGGGAAUGGAGCACGACGGGCAAGGGAACAGAUGUGGGGACGAGACAGCAAUGGGGAGCGUCAUGGCUCCCCUGGUGCAGGCUGCCUUUCAUCGCUACCACUGGUCCCGGUGCAGCGGCCAAGAACUCAAAAGAUACAUACACUCUUAUGACUGUCUUCUUGACGACCCUUUCGAGCAUGACUGGCCCAAGCUUCCUGAACUGCCAGGCAUCAAUUAUUCCAUGGAUGAACAGUGCCGCUUUGAUUUUGGCGUCGGCUACAAGAUGUGCACAGCGUUCCGAACGUUCGACCCGUGCAAGCAGUUGUGGUGUAGCCAUCCAGAUAACCCGUAUUUCUGUAAGACUAAGAAAGGACCUCCGCUCGAUGGGACAGAAUGCGCCCCUGGAAAAUGGUGCUAUAAAGGUCACUGCAUGUGGAAGAAUGCUAACCAGCUGAAGCAGGAUGGCAACUGGGGACCCUGGACAAAAUUUGGCUCCUGCUCACGGACCUGUGGAACCGGAGUUCGCUUCCGAACGCGGCAGUGCAACAAUCCGAUGCCCGUUAACGGAGGUGAGGACUGUGCUGGUGUCAAUUUUGAGUUUCAACUUUGCAAUACGGAGGAGUGUCCGAAGCACUUUGAGGACUUCAGAGCGCAGCAAUGUCAGCAACGCAAUUCCCACUUUGAGUAUCAGAGCAGCAAGCACCACUGGCUGCCAUAUGAACACCCUGACUCUAAUAAGAGAUGUCACCUGUACUGCCAAUCCAAAGAAACCGGAGAUGUUGCUUAUAUGAAGCAGCUGGCGCACGACGGGACUCGCUGUUCCUAUAAAGAUCCCUACAGCAUUUGUGUUCGUGGCGAAUGCGUGAAAGUGGGUUGUGACAAGGAAAUUGGCUCCAAUAAGGUUGAAGAUAAGUGCGGCGUCUGCGGCGGGGACAAUUCUCAUUGCCGAACUGUGAAGGGAACCUUCACCCGCACUCCCAAAAAGCUUGGAAAACAUUUAAGCAAGAGGUGCCAAAAAGAAUUCAAGUUUCUGGAAAAUGAAAUCUGGAAGGCAAGAGGAGCAUUUACGUUGCCCAAAGGAGCUCGCAAUAUUUCCCUUUCUGAGACAAAGGAGUCUAAAAAUACGCUGGGGUACCUUAAGAUGUUUGAUAUCCCUCCUGGUGCUCGACAUGUGUUUAUCCAAGAAGACGAGGCUUCUCCUCACUUUCUUGCAAUUAAGAACCAGGCUACAGGACACUAUAUUCUGAACGGGAAAGGGGAGGAGGCCAGAUCCCGAUCUUUCAUCGACCUGGGCGUGGAGUGGGAGUACAACAUAGAAGACGACAUAGAAACUCUCCACACCGACGGGCCCUUGCACGAUGCAGUGGUUGUGCUGAUCAUCCCUCGGGAGAAUGACACAAGAUCUAGCCUGACUUAUAAAUACAUCAUUCACGAGGAUUCGGUACCAACUAUCAACAGCAACAACGUCCUACAGGAGGAAAUAGAUACUUUUGAGUGGGCGUUAAAGAGUUGGUCGCAGUGCUCCAAACCCUGUGGUGGAGGGUUCCAGUACACCAAAUACGGGUGCCGCAGGAAAAGUGACAACAAAAUGGUUCAUCGCAGCUUCUGUGAAGCCAGCAAAAAGCCAAAGCCCAUUCGUAGAAUGUGCAAUCUUCAGGAAUGCACGCAGCCUCUCUGGGCAGCAGAUGAGUGGGAAUACUGCACAAAAACCUGCGGGAAUUCAGGCUACCAGAUCCGUACCGUGCGUUGCAUUCAGCCCCUUCACGACGGUGCCAACCGCUCCGUCCACUUCAAGUACUGCAGCGGAGAUCGCCCUGAGAGCCGCAGGCCCUGCAACCGGGUGCCGUGCCCUGCCCAGUGGAAAGCCGGACCCUGGUCGGAGUGUUCUGUGACCUGCGGGGAGGGAACCGAGACCCGGCAGGUCACGUGCCGUGCCAAUGACCAGUGCGACGGAGACAAGCCAGACUCGGCGAGGGUUUGUAAACUCGCUCCCUGUAACGAUGAGCCUUGUAUGGGAGACAAGUCUAUCUUCUGUCAAAUGGAAGUGCUCGCGCGUUACUGUUCCAUCCCCGGCUACAACAAGCUGUGCUGCGAGUCCUGCAGCAAGCGCAGCAGCACCCUCCCGCCGCCGUUCCUGACCGAAGCUGCUGAAACUGAAGAGGAGGUGAGGUUUGAGAGCGAUCUGCCUGCGGCUUUGAUGAUGCCGACACCUGGAGUGCCCCACUACGCACAGUUCCUGCCCGGGAGAAGUCCUCCGGGCAGGUUUUCUUUCGCAGAAGAGGACGCAGAUGCGCACGGCUCCCCGUCCAUCCCCAAGGCUUUCAGAGGUGCUGAAUUUCCGCAGCGGAGAGCUCCUCAGGCGAGGAAGACUUCCAGGCUGCUCGCUUUGCUGCACCAGCCGCCGGCCAACAGCAGCAGUCUCAGUGCUCGUAACGCCCUUGCGCUGGCAGCCGCUGCUCCGGCGGUGCCAGCUAAUGCCACCACAGCCGGUGCUCCUUCUCCAUCGAGAACCUCAAGGGAGAGCGAGAAGUGCCUCGAGAAGAGACGGCCUUCGAGGCCCUCCGCUGUGGGGAGAUGAACGUGAAUGCCUCGUGGAGGAUAGCCACUGAAAGAGGCUUUGUUUGGCCCUCCGGGUUUAAUUCCCCCACUUCUGGACACUGUGGCGCACGCUGCUUUCCACAAGCAGGACACUGCAGGUCAUCAACUCAUUUUCCUUGUAAAUACAAAGAACGAGAAGUGCUGGUUCACUUUCUAGUUGCUCCCGUCCGCCUCCCGUACCGCGUUACCUGGCUAGCUUGAACGCGACGGAGGAAAGCACCAAAGAAUAUUCCUAGCAGUGAGCAGGAGUUGCUGAGGGCGUCAGUCGAGCUCUAGUGCAGAAAAGUGGCCCUGACCUCAGCACCCACCUCAUUAUUUUUGGUUUUCAAACACUCACGCGUAGAAAAUGCCCCGCUACAAGAGGUACCAAACGUUUACACUCUACAAAUAGCAAUGGAACAACUGAACCCGUAAGACUUGUUUUGCUAAUUUAUCUAUAUAAACGGAUAUUGUAUGAGCAAAUUUGCAGCUGUUGUGUAAAUACUGUAUAUUGCAGAAAAUCAGUAUUAUUUUUAAGAGUUUUGUGCUGUCAGACAACUGUUUACCUAUGUUGCGUUCCGGACAAUUGCUAGGUGCCUGCCAUUGAGUACUGCCUUAUUUACGUUCCAAGAGUUGAUUCUUAAAGCAGCAUUAUCAUAAAAGGAGGAGUCCCGUUUUCAUAUGAUUUACACCUACUGACACUAGGAAAGGGUGGGUUUCUUUGAGUAUCAACAAUGUGAUGCUUUCUUUUGAUGGGGGUGGGGGGGGUGGGGAAGUGUAAACCUGAAGGCAUGAGUCUACUUAUAGCCACCCGCCCAUUAAAAGCAGGUUUAGAAAUUUUAGCGUCAUUCCCGUCACAGGUUGGAAAACCGAUUGUAGGUGCCUGUGAAGGGAACCCCGACACCCGCAGCCUGCGCUGAGCAGGCGUUGCUGCGCUUGAGUGCCGUCCCUCCCGGCUCCUUUUGCCGAAGAGGUCAGGCCAGCGUAGGAAACCCUGUAUAUACUGUAAGUACUGUAAUGUUCACGAGUCAAAAAAAAACAGAGAGUCCUGCUUUCCAGAUGAUCUGUUUGUUAUUUCUGAAGCUGAAGAAGCAUCACAGAGGUAGAAAGAAUAGGCGCUCACAAGGAACAGCUGUGGCAAGACUUAAAACAGAUUUUGUUUUUUUCUUUUUUUUUUUUCCUACUGGAAGCAUCGGUUUAAAGGUGAGAGAGAUAUUUAUUUUGAAGCAUGGUUCACCUCAAAAUCUCCACAACCACAAUGCAUCUGACUGCAAUAAUGCGCUAGUAAUUUAUGUCAAUAGCCAUCUUGUUCACAGUCCACCCGACCGCACUCUCUCCUGUGUGUUGCUGUAAAGUACUUGUAUAUAGGAUUGAGAACUAAAGAUAUUUAUUAAAAGUUGAUUUCUUGAUAGUAUUUUAUGUACUAAAUAUUUACACUAAGGGCAGUUGGCUAUUCUUUUUGCCAAGAUAAAAUAGAAAGAUGUAAUUAGAUACCUGUACGUGCUAUGCCAUAUGGAUAGAACAGAAAUUUAAGCUAACUAAACUACUGUAGAGAAAAUGUUGAUCUUAUUCUUUAAGAAGAAAAAAAAAAAAGGUCUUACGACAGCUUUUUGUUACAGGCAUCUUUCAUUUCUAAAUAGGUUAUUGAAGUUUCACGUGCAAUUUUUGCUUCCCCGUAAAAAGUCCUCAUUAUCGACCCAGUUAAAAGAGCAGGGGAAUAUGUACCUCUCAAACGCCAUGAAGUAAAUUAGGACGCCAAAGAGGAAAUUCUAGAAACACCCGUAGUGGUUAUGCGGAAUCACUAGGAAGAAAUAAGGAUGAAAAUGGUUAUCGGAAGCCUUAUAAAGUAAAUGAGAGUGUAGGUAGGUUCCUCCCGUUCGGGGAAGUAUAGGGUCACGCUACGCAAGGCGCAUCUUGCGUCGUGGUGCGCGUAACCUAACCCGCUACAGUAUUGACGCCUCUAAAGAAUUGCUGCUACCUUUCUGCAAGGCUUUUGAAGGUCCAAGAAAUUAGUAUUAAGCAGAUUGUACAGACAAUCCCUGAGCCUCAAACAGACAAAUAGGGUGUGUUUGUGUCUUCAGAAUCCCCCAAAAGUCAAAAUCUCUUUUCUCUCUGUCUUUAUCUUUUACAUAUAUACAAUGUGGGUGUAGAUAAUCCUUGUACCUUUUUGAUUUCUUUUCUACCAAGCUAGUUUCUCUUUCUAUAAAGUGUACACUACUGAUACUGUUUGUUGUAUUGGGGAGCACGUAGCAAUAAAAUCUUUAACGUAA